UUUCGUUGUGCGUCUCACCAUGGCUACAGAUGCGACCAAAGCUUUCGAGAUAAAGUAAGUAGAGCCCGAGCUGGGCACUAGUUCACUGGACGAAUCAGCCGUGAUUUGAGCGAUUCUCGGACGAUCCAUUCACCGCUGGAAGUAUCUGGGCGAGAAAACUGCGACCGGUCCGUCAACGUAGCGGACAGACAGCGCCAACAUGAUGCUAUUCGAGCAACGGAAGAAGAAGGUAUUGGAGAUAGCGGAGCAAGCCAACGAUGCUCUGAAAACGAUCCAAGAAGUCGGCCAGAAACUCAAUGUCACCAGCGAUACCGUCAAAAAGGUCAUCGAGACGAUCAAGAUCGCCGCGAACUCGUUCGGCGACAAAGCCGUCUAUGCAUCCGCUUUCACCGGCACCGUGGGGGCAGUCGGCAUCGCUGCCAACAUGAUCGCAACGUAUCAAGGGGUGGGCGAGCUGCGGGCGAUCGCAGGACACCUUAAAAGUAUGAGCGAGACACAAAGAGCCGAGCUUGCGCUUGCAGGGGGGACGGCCUUCGCCGAAAAUAUCUAUGUGAUGCUGAAAUCGAAGCUCGAAAAGUCGGACCCCGAGCUCGACUGGUAUUUCGUCUAUCAUCCGGACACAGACUGGACGUAUCAUUUCGAGGAGAAGCUGCGGACAAAGGGUCUUUUGGGUCGGAAUUUCAUUGGCAUUGUGCAUGACCUCGAUGCUCUGGUCGCCUUCAUGUCGUCUGUUCGAGAUGUUUACGCCUCGCGACAUCCACGACGGAGAGCACCUUUCUUCCACCUGGUGAUUCCGGCCUACGAGCCAAUUGUUAUACCCACACCGCUGCUUAUUCCGGAGAAACUGCAUCCAUUCCGGAUCGAGGGCGAUAUUCACCGCGGAACAUACCUAGUGUGGAUGAAUCUACCAGGGGUGGACGAGAAAGCCGUUCAGAAUAUCGGGGUAUUCCAACCGCCGCGCUCGAUAUGGGACAACAUCAUGCUCCAAGUCGGUCUUGUCCAAAACCCACCUCCCCGUUUCCUCGGCUCCAGUACCCAAAAGAUCGAACAGCCCCAGACCCCUCAACUCCCUGAGCCAGCACCCGUUGCAGCUAUCACAGCGCCCGAGCCAGAAAAGGGCGAGAUACCGUCGCUGAAAUCCAUCCGUGGAUCUAUUCGCCGUGCACAAACGUACCAGGACAGCGAGGCGGGAUCGACACACAGUUCCCGAUCGCAUUCUCGCCGAAGACGCAGGCGACAUCGCUCGAACAGUGUGAGCUAUAUAUUCACCUGAGAAUUUAUUAUUUUGCUUUUUGGUGUUAUGUUCUUGCAUGGGUGGUCAUAUUUAUAUAAAUCAUUCUCGCACUUGGCGGUGGGAGGAUAUUUGCUGGUGUUUUCUGCAGGGUACUGGGCGUGUCUGAGCCAUAAAUUUUUUGAAUUUUAUUUUACGACUAAUUAUUCGAAUUAUAAACAAGUUAUUCCUGUAGCCUUGUAGUGAGAGGCUAGAUUGGCCUCAAAGUGAC